UUACGCCACCGCGAGCUUUCGCUGUUAUUUUCUGCUCUUCAUUUCUCUACGUGAAGUUUGCGAGUGAAGACAGUUAUAGUUGGCAGCGCAAACGGCUUGACUUGUCACUUAUCACUACAUUAGAGCUUGGAUACAGGAAUAUUAAAAGAAUAUCAUAUUGAGAGCAGAGAGAGAGAAUGUCUCGGGAGCAGAAAGUUGUGCAGCAAGCCAGGAGCGCCUUCCUCACGGGCCGGUCGAGGCCCUUUCACUACAGAAUUCAGCAGCUUCAGUCUCUGCGGCGCUUCGUUCUUGAGAGGAAAUCGGACUUUGCCGCUGCCCUGCAGAAGGACCUUGGCAAGAGUGAACACGGGAUGGAGUUGUUCGAGCUUCUGGGUGUAGAGAGGGAGAUUAUGUUGGCCAUUGAUGAGCUCCCCAAGUGGGCGGCACCCAAACCUGUGGAGAAGAACCUGCUCACCAUCAUGGAUGAGGUGUAUGUCCAGCCAGAGCCCCUGGGGGUGGUGCUCAUCAUUGGGGCAUGGAACUACCCCUUGGCAGUCACCCUCCAACCCCUGAUUGGGGCUAUUGCUGCAGGCAAUGCAGCUGUGAUAAAGCCAUCAGAAUUGAGCAGCCAUACAGCCAAAGUCAUGGAGGACUUGUCUCUGUACCUGGACAAGGAGAUGUACCAUGUGGUGACGGGAGGCGUUACAGAGUCACAGGAGCUCCUGAAACAGCGCUUCGACCACAUCUUCUACACUGGGAACUCUAUGGUGGGGAAACUGGUGAUGCAGGCAGCCUCCUGCCACCUCACCCCGGUCACCCUGGAGCUGGGGGGGAAGAGCCCCUGUUACAUCGACAAGGACUGUGACAUCACCAUUGCCUGCCGCCGCAUCACUUGGGGUAAAUAUCUGAACUGUGGACAGACCUGCAUCGCACCCGACUACAUCCUGUGUGAGCCCAGCAUCCAGGACAGGCUUUUGGAGGAGAUCAGGAAAUCCAUCAAGGAAUUCUACACAGACGACCCAAAGUCCUUUACAGAUUAUGGGCGCAUCGUUAACCAACGCCACUUCCAGAGGCUGAUGGCCUUAUUGAAGGGGAGCACAGUGGCCAUCGGAGGAAACGGCGAUGAGUCUGAGCGCUACAUUGAACCCACAGUGCUGAGGGACGUGAAUCCAGAGGCCAAGGUCAUGCAGGAGGAGAUCUUUGGGCCCAUUCUGCCCGUCCUGACGGUCAGCGGUGCAGAUGAAGCGAUCAGUUUCAUCAACAGCAGGGAGAAACCUCUGGUUCUCUACAUCUUCUCAUCAAACAAGAAGCUAAUAAAGCGCAUGAUUGAGGAGACAUCCAGUGGUGGGGUGCUGGCCAAUGACUGUCUGGUACACUCCACAGUUAGUGCUCUGCCCUUUGGAGGUGUGGGUAACAGUGGGAUGGGCAGCUACCAUGGUAAGUACACGUUUGACCAGCUGAGCCACCUGCGCAGCUGCCUCAUCAGGAAGCUGGCCACAGAGAAGGCCAACAUGAUGCGCUACCCUCCCCACACCUUUGAGAAGAUUCGCUGGGCACGCAUCGUGCUCCUGAAUCAGGUGAACGUGGGUCGCCUGUGGCGUGUUGUACUGGUCACGCUGCUCGGAAUACUGGCUGCCUUCGUGGUCCAGAGGCUGCGUCAGUGAAGUCAAACAUGGAUGAACGCCACAGAUAUCAAGAUUCCUAUUCUAGAUGGGGGGGGGGGG